CGCGCAGCAGCAGCAGCAGCAGCUCUGCAGCCUGAAGUUUGAUCAAACACCGUUUUUAUAACCGUACAGAGGAAGAGGAGGAGGAAGAGGAGCACAGCUGUGUGUGUGCAGCAACAUGUCUGAGUAUGACACCUUCCAGCUCGGCAGGUCCCGAUACGACCAGAACACGUUUUUCGGUCGGUUCAGGCACUUCCUGGAUGUGAUUGACCCCAGGACGCUCUUCGUCACCGAGAGACGUCUGCAGGAGUCUGUGGAGCUGCUCCACCGCUUCAGACAGGGAACUCUGCCUCCAGGUGUGACGGACGCUCAGCUUUGGCAGGCUCAGAAAAUAAAACAGGCCAUCAUCCACCCUGACACGGGGGAGAAGAUCCUCAUGCCCUUUCGGAUGUCAGGUUUCAUCCCGUUCGGCACACCAGUGGUCAUUGGUCUCCUUCUCCCAAAUCAAACGUUGGUGUCAACGGUCUUCUGGCAGUGGUUAAACCAGAGUCACAAUGCCUGUGUGAACUACUGCAACCGCAACGCCUCCAAGCCAGCUGCAGCCUCCAAAUUCGUCCAGGGAUACCUCGGAGCAGUGACCAGCGCGGUCUCUAUUGCUGUUGGGUUGAAUGUGUUAAUCCAGAGAGCGAGCAGCUUCAGCCCGACGACCAGGCUCCUGGUGCAGAGGUUCAUCCCCUUCCCAGCAGUGGCGAGUGCAAACGUCUGCAACGUGGUGCUCAUGAGACACUCGGAGCUGUCGGAGGGCAUCAGCGUCCUCGACGACAACGGGAACGUGGUGGGAACGUCAAAAGUGGCUGCCAGGCAUGCACUUUUAGAGACAGCUCUGACCAGAGUGGUGCUGCCCAUGCCGAUCCUGAUGCUCCCGCCCAUGAUCAUGGCCGUUCUGGAAAAGCUUCCUCUGCUGCAGCGACAGCGGAGACUCGUCCUGCCCGUCCACAGUCUGGUGUGCCUCGCUGCCUUCAGCCUGGCUCUGCCUCUCGCCAUCAGUCUCUUCCCACAGAUGUCACAGAUCAGCGUGAAUCAACUCGAGCCUGAGAUCGCCAUGGCAACAGAUUGUAAGAUUGUGACAUACAAUAAAGGCCUGUGAGUGAACUCCGCUGCCCGACAGACGCCGCUCGUCAUGGUUUAAACCUGCCGACGCUGCCAGAGAGUGACUGAUGGUAAAUUUGGCUGCGAGAAGUUCACAAACGUUUACAGAGACAAGGCUGUUUAUAUUGUUGUUUACACCAACACGGUGACUGUGAGAUAAGCACUAACACGUGAUGACAUAUUGUGAUAUAGGAAAACAUACAUGAUGACACCUCAGGAAGCUUCAUCACUGUUGUAACAUGAACACUAACCAAAGACAUGAUCUGAAAUAUCUGAGCCAGCUGCUCCGUCUGUGCCGCAGAGACGCGUCGCUGAGUGAGCUUCACUGGUGUCUUUCUUCUUAACACUGAACAUUAACUUCAAUAUUAACAAAGAUGAUCAGGAAUAGGAGAGUGACGACAGGAGCAGGACGCGUCUUAAUGCUUGUAGUCAUGUCUGAAUUAUAAACACUGUGAAUGAAAUCAGGAUUAACAAAUAAAAAUGUAUUUUUAUGAACUUUUUUUUCCUUGUUUAUAAUUUAAAGCUCCAGUCUGGAGGAUUUAGAGAGAUAAACUGGCAGGGAUGCAAUAUAAUAUAAUCAGUCUGUUUUCUUUGCUGAAAAUAAGAAUCAUUGUUUUUUCAUGACCUCAGAAUGAGCUGUUUGUAUCUACACAGGGAGCAGGUCCUCGUCUACAGAGAUCACCAUGUUGCACCACCAUGUUUCUACAGUAGCCCAGAACGGACAAACCAAACACUGGCUCUAGAUUUUUUAAAUGUCAAACUGCUUCAUUCAGUGUUCUUACUGGUUUUAAUCAGCUGGUCUGUUUGUUUCUGAGAGGAAGAGACCUCUGAGGAUAAUUCAGCUCCUGGUUAUAAUCUCCUGAACAACAGACACUAAGGAAAUUGUAACUGGGAGAAGUUUUAGCUGGUUUGCAAUCUACAAUCCUCGUUUGGUAAAUCUCCCUAAAUCUUACACACUGGAGUGUUAAAGCACCCGACCCAGCAGCCCACUGUCACAGCUUUAAUGUCUACAAGAGGCCUGAAAGGUAAAACUACAAAAUAACACAAGAAAGAAUCCGAGAUGAUAAAAGAGUCAGAAAAACAAACAGACUUUAUUUUCUUCUUAUUUCCUACCUGAGAAACCAUCUUGUCACCAGGAGUGUCGUGUUAAUUGUUGAAGUACCGGAGUGCACCUAUGAAGAGCUCAUGCACGUGCACAGUUAGGUUGUGGCUCAUUGUGGGGCUCCUGACCUCAAGGUCAGGACCCACCGAUGUCAUGAAUGUAGAAAUUCAGCUAAGUGGAAAUGUAGCUACGCUGCAGGAUUUUGUUAAAGUGAUGCUAAAUCUGUAAAAUAAAUAAAUAAAUAAAAGCUGUGAACUGUGUUCAGAACAGAUCAGUGUGAAAUCAUGACACUGUGUUUAUGUUUUAUUUUUUUCUCAAAACCACAAAAGCAGGUAUUUAAAAGUUAAUAAUGCAGUAGUUUUAAUUGCAGUAUUUUUAGUAAAAUUACAGCUUUUGUCAUGUUAAAGAAUUUAUCUUUAAGAUUUGCCUCUAUUUAAUUAUUAUUAGGGAUGCACCGAAUAUUCGGUAACCGAAUAUUACAAAAAAACACACAUUCGGUAUUCGGUGGAAUAAGUUAAAAGCAAGGCCGAAUAAUAGCGGCGUGUUUUGAUAACGCAAUCAAACAGCGUGUGGUGACGGACAGAGUAAAAUGUCGGCAGUGUGGCGAUCCGUCCGUCACCGCACUCGCAUUUGCAACUAAAAAUAGUUUUGAGCGAGCAAAAUAGGCUUAAAUCACUCAGCACGCAGAUUUCAACCAGCAGCAGAAACGAAAGGCGAAUCCCACCGAUUGUGGGUUGAACGGGGGUCACAGACACAGACAGGAACGUUAAUGUAUUCCUGUCAAAUACGGCGGCCAUCGGCUUACCCGGCGACAGCCGAGCCAGCCGAACACAGGUAUGUGACGUGUCAGAGGAGAAACGAGCCGUUCACGGCCCACAAACCUCACCGCACUUUAGGGACUGUUCUUUACUUGUCAGGGGAGGAGGGUGGCUGGUUGAUUCUUAUUUUAUUUAUUUAUUUUAUUUUGAUGCUGAUUGAUGCUGUUUUUGAAGUAUGAAUAAGUCAAUAAGUAAUUUAUUCCAUUGAAAUAUCAUUGAUGUAUUAUAGAAAAGUGAUUUAUCUUUUUAUAAAUGACAAAAGGCACAUCUGCCUCAUUUUCACUGUGGUAUCCUGAUACUACUCAGAACCAUGAUAUUUUCAUUGGUAUCAUACAGUGGGUCCCAAUUUUGGUACCAUGACAACACUAAUCUGGAGGGGGUUCAUCUGCAGAAACGAAUGAAAAACUAAACAACGGCAUUCGGUAUUCAGUUCUUGGUAUUCGGCCAAGCGUUUAAUAUUAUUCGGCUUCGGCCACAAAUUUUCAUAUCGGUGCAUCCCUAAUUAUUAAGAAACAACAUUUUGUGUAAUCAAAGACUGGACACAUACAUAUAUAUAAAAAAAUUACAGUUUGAAUAUUUUAAAGUCUUAAACUAAAAUAAGCAGAUUUUUAUUCUCUUUUAUUCUGUAAAUGUUUCUGACAGCUCCGUGGUUAAAGUGCUGCUCCCUUUUUGUUUUUAUGUAUUUGCAAUUGAUUUAUAUAA